CCGAGAGCCAAUUACAGAGAUAAUCCUCCAGCCCUUCGCGCCGCCAAAUUCACGCCACGUAGCAACACCAACUGUUUCUCCGCCGUUAUCACCCGCCCCUCCCUCCUCCGUUCCCCAGCCUCACAAAAAAAUGGCGAAGCCCAAACUCAGUUCCUGCUGCGAUUCCUGCCAUUCUCUCCCACCCUCUCUUUACUGCCGCUCAGACGCCGCCUAUCUCUGUAUCAACUGCGACUCCACCAUCCACUCUGCCAACUCACUCGCUCGCCGCCACCACCGCGUUCCUUUGCUCCCUAUCCCCUCCGGCGGCCUUAUCGCAGGUGGAAUUUCAGUUGCUCAGCCGAAAGAGGACGAAGAAGAAGAAGAAAAAGAAGAAGAAGAGGAGGAGGAGAAAGUUGGGUUCUUUCUUGGAGGUGAGGUGGAUGAGUAUUUUGAUCUAGUGGAGUUCAGUACUUGCUGCGAGGAAGAAGGGAGGGAGAAGUAUGAAGGUAGGGAGGAAGAAGAUAAGCGGAUGUUGCAGAGUUUUCAGAUGGGAUAUGAAGGAAUCAAUAAAGGGAUUGAUUGUUCUUCUUCUAUUGGCCAUACGUUUUUCACACAGGAAUCUCUAUCAUCAAUCGAAGCAACGGUGGUAGCAGAAGAUACCAUUCAAAUACCCCAACAGUUGAGUUCCAUGGACAGAGAGGCCAGAGUUCUGAGGUACAGGGAGAAGAAGAAGACGAGAAAGUUUCAGAAAGUUAUCAGAUAUGCAUCGAGGAAGGCGUAUGCUGAGACGAGGCCUCGGAUUAAGGGCAGGUUUGUUAAGAGAACAGAUGCAGAACUUGAAGUUGAUCAGAUGUUUGCUGCAUCUCAUGUUAUGGUGGAAGCGGGCUUUGGUGUUGUUCAUUCUUACUAGUUCAGUAUGUGGAAUAUGUAGGAAGUGUAAUGUGUUUCAGGAAUCUUUCUCAUGUAAUUAAGUAUUCUCUUAUUUGGAACUCAUGUGCAAUUGUUGCUUUAAGCUCUGUUUAAUUAUAAUGAUGUGGUAUUUAGUGACAAUAGAAUCAAUUUUAUGAUGAAAGAAUUGAGACAAAUUAAUGG